UCAUGGUCGCAAUUCCCGGUUCCAGCAUUCCACGCGUCCACUGACCCACCCUCGUCCAAUCCCACUCUUCCUUCCCCACCAUCGUCUCCUUCUCCCUCCUACCUUCUACUCCUCCUCCUCGUCUUACUCACCCCGUCCUCUCCCCUCCUCAACGGUAGCCAGUCGCUCGUGUUCCCCUAGCUCUCGCUCCUUUCCGCGUCACCGACGCCUACAAGCCCGUCUGCGGAGGGCUUCCUGCGAACCCGCCGCGAAACGGCUGGAAGAGGUGGAGCGACCCAAAGACGUGGGGCCAGCAGUCCCUGGUCCCCUGGAAGUGGCGCAAGAAAUUCAGGGUUUACCUUCCUCUUUGGCGUGCCUGGGCGCGGGUUGCUGCAGUGGAGGGAUGUGACUAUACCGUGCGGUGCGGCGAUCCUGCUGGACAUGCCUGAAAGUCCUGGACUCGCCCAAGCUCCCGCACAUCCGCGUCAAAGCCCGUUUCAUCCUCGUUAUGGGCCGCCUCACUGCAGGCUCAGCGUCCCGCCAGCUGUCCUCGCGCCUCACAGUCACUCUGCACCCCAACACGGGCUACUCGGGCGGCAGAAAGCCGUACAUGCUCCGAAAAGUGCCGCCUGCUGACAGAGGGAAUCCCCGAGACCUGGGGCACAAGGCGUUGCUGUGGUGGCGGGCAAGUGGACCUACAUGGCAUGCCGGGGGGAGCAGACACUCCCUCGUGGGUGCGCUUGGCGGCAACAGCAGCAGCGGGGCAGAGGCAGCUGGUGGUUGAGGGGAUGUGACAGCGUGGCAACCGGGGUUCACUGUGGCUGUUGCUGCCACCAGCACGGAUUUCAACGAGGCAGAGAGCAGGGAGAUCGAAUCAGCACGGAUUUCAGCGAGGCUGAGAGCAGGGAGAUCGAAUCAGUCACCCUUGUCUCCCCAACAACUUCCCGCAUCACGCUCACCUCGCCCCUCUCUCACACGCACGAGGGCACAUCGGUGCCGGAUGGCUUUGGCGGUACCAUCGACAUUCGUGCUGAGGUGGCGAUGCUGGAUAGGCGGAUUGUCAUUCAGGGGACGGAUGAGCCCGCCCCACACCAGUACGACGGCGGCCACUUCAUGGUGUAUAUGACGCCCACCCCUCAGACCAUAGAAGGGGUUCAGUUCCGAGGACUGGGCCACCAGGGCACGCUGGGCCGCUACCCUCUGCACUUCCACGUGUGCGGGCUCCCGGCAGACGCAUCUCAGCCGCACGUUGUGCGAAAGAACGCGAUCGUGCACACGAAGCAACGUUGUAUGGUGAUCCAUGCUACGAGCAACAUGAGUAUAGAGGACAACGUCACCUAUGAGACCAAGGGGCACUGUUUCUUAGUGGAGGAAGGGUCGGAGACUGGGAAUGUGUUUCGGAGGAACCUGGGGAUGAGUGUGCGGCAGGUGGAGCGGGUGAUUCCGCCGGACACGAGUGACCCGUACGGGUUUCACACGGACAAGCAGCCGAGUGUGUUUUGGCUGGCCACUCCCUUCAACAGCUUCUUUGGGAAUGUGGCUGCUGGGUCGGACAACAGCGGCUUCUGGCUGGAGGCCAACCCCACCAUGCGAGGUCUCUCCCGCCUGCUGCCUGCCAUCGGCAACAAACGGCCAGACAGGUUUAACUGGGGAGAGUACGUGGGCAAUGUUGCACACUCCUCCCUCUUUGGCUUCCGCACCUACCCACACGGCUCGCAGUCCCGCUUCCCCAACUACAACGGCACUAUUACCUAUCUUAAGGACUCGCUCUUCUACAGGAAUAAGGCCGGCAUCCUAUUCGUGAACACCGAGCGCAUAGUGGUGGAAAACGGGGCCUUUGUGGAGAAUGCAUACGGGAUGGACAUCAGCCGAAAUGGGGGUGUGACGGUCAAGGGCUGCCGUUUUGUGGGCACGCUGCCAUCAACUUGCACUGCGAAGGCCAGAAGUGCCCUCCGCAGCAGCAGCAUCAGCAGCAGCAGAACCAGCAGCGCCAGGGGCAGCAGUAUCGGCAGCACCAGCCUUGCCAGCAGCAGUAUUGCCAACAAGAGCAACCAGAUUCUAGCCACAGCAGCAGCAGCUGCAGCUUCCCCCCUCACCCCUCCUCCUACCCCCCUCCUCAGUCCCCACCAAGGCCCCACCACAGAGUGGGAGCCUCCCGGCCUGGCAGACGCCAUAAGACCCUGGGCUGAGUUCCUCUACCCCCUGCCCAGUUGGGGCACAGGUGACAGUGACUAUAGUGAUGGUACCGGGGGCUUGGGUGACUAUAGCGAGUAUGGGGACUAUGCUGAUGGGGAUGGUGAUGGGGCGAAUGGGACUGGCAGCAGUGGUAGUACCAGCAGCGGCAGCAGUGGCAGCACGGGGAAUAGCACGGGCAACAGCAUGGGCAGCAGCAGUGGCGACAGCACAGGGAGCCGCGGUGGAGAGACGGAGUUGGCAUACAACAUAACAGCAGGGGAGGUGCCUCCUUGGGCUGAGAGCUACUGGCUAGGGUACUGGAGGGAGGGUGAGGGAGGUGCAACUGCUGCUCGUGCUGCUACUGCUUCUGCUGGUGCUGGUGCUGGUGCUGGUGGUGUUGCUGCUGGUGGUGGUGAGGGUGUGGCGGGACAAAGGGUUUCUCUUAUGAGAAGUGACGACAGAGUGCAUGAGGCAGAAGCGCGGCCACAGAAGGAAAUUGGAGACGGGUCGUUUGACUCGCCCAUUGGGGUGACUCUCAGCCAGAGCAACCCGGCUGACAUCCUACGACCGUCCUCGGUUGAAGAUUCCUUCUUCUCUGGCUACGGUGCCUGCACCACUGGCAGCUUUGGCAUCGCUCUUGUGACCAACAAGCCUGGCGGCUACUGGAACACUGCCUUCUUUGUUCAGAAUCUUUCCUUUGCGUUGGGCAGCAAGAGAUUUUGGGCAACCCCAAACCCGCCCGCAACCAUUCCCCCCAGGGGAGGCCUCAUCGCUCGGUUCUACGCCCUCAGGGACUUGGACGGCUCGCUUCUCGGCACGCCAGGGGCUUUCGCCGUGGCGCCUUACUCCCCCAUCCUGCCGCCUGCCUCUGUGCGCGCCAGCGUGUGCCAGUAUCGGGGGGAGAGCGCAGUAUACCAGUGUGAAUCGGUGUGCUACAGAGCUGUCGGUGUGUUCUACCAUGAAUCUGGGGUGCGCCCCAAUGGGAUGGCUGGCUUGCCUGCCAAAGUCCUCCGGCCUUACAGCUACAUCAACAUAACAAGGGAGGAGGAUGGAGAGACGUUCACUGCGUACGGCACGGACAACGACAACCCUGACAGCCCCCCUGCCGACCCCAAGCGCAAUGCCUACCGUUACGUUACCGCCUCGCUGCUGGCUGGAUACACCUAUCGGUUCACCAUCAUCCCUGCUCCUACAAACAGCCUCUUCUACCCCACCUGGGCUCAGGUGUGGUCGUAUGACAGGGGGGGCUGUGAGGGGGGUUUGAAGAUCAAGAUAGAGGGCAAAGAUCAGAGCACACAGUGGUUCGCCACUGACGCCCCCAGCCUCCCUUGCUCAGGUGCCUUCAAGUACAAGACCUACAAGGAGUACCUCUGCCCCUCGUCUUCUUCAACUCCUCUGCUCCAAAUGACUGUGGGCCCCACCAGCUAUGGCGCUCUCGCUACAAUGAAGCUCAACGUUUCCUCGCCUUCGUCUUGCUCUCCCGCAUGUUCCUGAUGCGAGCAUUACCAACACGCAAAGGUAAUGUGUAUAGUAUAGUACUAAUGUCCAUCAGUUUUGCAGGUGUGUACAGACUUCGGGGGCCUUGUGAUGUCCUAAUUUUUAGCUCUGACCGAGGUUUAGUGUACUGUAGAGCUUACACCUGGAGCACACCGGACGCCCAGCGCAAUACGUGGCAAAUCAAAAACCACCGCCCAUUAGCGUUGACACACGGGCAACGGCCCACUCGAUGUGGGCUGUGAACAGAGCCAGCAGUGCAGCGCCAUCAUGACAGCAGUGACAAACAUGCGGCACAAGACGAAAGAUGUGCGCCGCAACUGUUUUCAGCACAAACUCCAGCCGCACUCGGAAUAGCGCUCCGGCGAAGCUCAGCGAGCCUUUCGUUGAGCCUGCAAAGGUGCGUACGCCUGGCUGGGUUUGUUUGUGGCUUGAGCAUUGCCGCAUGAAAGUGAAUGCUGACUUGGCAGCGAAAUGGAGUCGCGAUGCCCCGAUGCUAGGGAUCGUUCUCAACAUCCGACAGCCAACCCAGGAACAGAUUCGUAAAACAAAUUCCCACACUCCACGCAACAGUUAUUGUUGCGAUACGAACCUUCAAUUCGUAAUGUAAGAAAUCUCUAGAAGACGC